AUGAUCGCACGAAAUACAAGAUUAAGAUCGUUUACUUCUUUUCCAAAUAUUAUAACGGACAGUAACCGCAAUACAAAUAAUAAUCGUCUGACAUUUAAAUUUAAUGAACUAUUAAAAACAUUAGCAUCAUCAAAUUCUGAAAAAUUUUCAAAUUAUCUUGAAAAAUCAUUAAAUUUGAACUAUACACAUUUUAAUUUUGUCGGUGAUAUAAUUAAAAAUUGGUCAAUUGAAUUGCCAACAGCAACAGCAUUAUGGUCAUGUGAAAAAGAUUAUGAAUAUAAAUUGACAUUUAAAGAAUUGUUAGAAUAUAGUUCUCAAUUUGCCAAUGCAUUAAACGGAAAAUAUUACAAUUUAAGACCUGGAAAUACAGUUAUUGUUUUAUUGCCGCGUGUGAAAGAAUGGUAUUUUAUUAAAUUAGCAUGUUUAAUGAGCGGUUUGAUAUUUUGCCCAUGUACUACACAGUUAACAGAAAAGGAUAUUCGAUAUCGAAUAUUAGUAUCCGGUGCUGAUUGUAUAAUUACUGACGAAGAAAAUUUAGAAAAAGUAACAUUAGCUGUAGAAAGUAGUAUUCGACCAAUUAUACGUGGAAUUGUUAAUUCACAAUGUAGUCGAACACCAUAUGGAUGGUUAAACUUAAGUUUAGAUGCUGCUUCUUCGUCCACUAAUUUUAAUAUAAUUGAUUCACAGGCGUCAUUGCCAGCUCUACGCUAUUUCACAAGUGGAACCACAGGACAUCCAAAAAUUGUACAACAUUCUCAGUUGAGUGUCGGUCUCGGACAUUUGACAACUUCGUUUUGGCUAACUGGUGAACACGAUACUAAUAAACCACAAUUGAUAUGGAAUAAUUCUGAUACAGGAUGGGCAAAAUCGUCUUAUAGUUCAUUUUUUGGACCCUGGUUAAUUGGCAAUGGGAUAUUUCAAAAACAAAUGACUCGAUUUGAUACCGAAACAAUUUGUGAAACAUUGGAACAAUAUCCAAUAGAAACAUUUUGUUCUGGAGCGACAAGUUAUCGAAUGAUGUCAAAAUAUUUAUUAGCAAAUCGAACAAAACUGAAGAAAUUUCAUUCAUUGAAACAAUGUGUAUCGGCUGGAGAAGCUUUGAAUCCUGAAGUAAUUAAGUUAUGGAGUGAAUUUACAAACAUUAUUAUUCGAGAAGGAUAUGGACAGACAGAAACUACUCUCUUAGCAGGUACCACUAACACAAAAGACAUUAAACAGAGUUCUAUUGGAAAACCGAUGCCAACGAUUGAUUUAAAAAUCGUUAAUAAAGAAACGUUAAAUGUAUGUGAUGCAGACGUUGAAGGAGAAAUAGCAAUAAAAAUGAAACCAAACAGACCGAUAGGUUUAUUCCAUGGUUAUGUUAACAAUAAAAAGCGAGAUGGAGAAGUUUUUAUUGGAGAUUAUUAUUUUACGGGAGAUCGAGCGAUAAUGGAUAAAGAUGGUUACAUUUUUUACAUUGGCCGCAGUGAUGACAUAAUCAAUUCGAGUGGUUAUCGAAUUGGACCAUAUGAAGUGGAAAGUAUCCUUUUAGAACAUCCUAUUGUGGUUGAUUGUGCUGUUAUCAGCAGUCCAGAUGUUGAACGAAGUGAAAUUGUCAAAGCGUUUGUUGUUUUAAAUGAAAAUUAUCUUAAUAAAGAUAAAACGGAUUUAAUACAUCAAUUACAAACGUAUGUUAAACAACAAACAGCACCCUAUAAAUAUCCACGUCAAAUUGAAUUUGUUAAUGAAUUACCAAAAACAACGAAUGGUAAAUUGAAACGACAUGUUUUAAAAUCAAACGAAUGGAUAGGAGUGCAAAGAAAAAUAUCAGCAAUUGUAUAA